AUGACGACAGGAGAGCAGACGCCGCUCCUGGCGCGUGCCGAUGCGCCCUCCCAAGAUGGCAUUCUGCGCCGCGCAACAGCGUCCGUAAAGUCGGCGGCACAGCGCAUCGCGUCGAGUGCCAGCGGCGCAUGGCCGGUGGUCCAGCUGCUGGUGCUGCCGCACCUCCUGGGCCAGAUCACCUCGGUGGCGACCGCCGCCGAAGUCGAUGCGAUGCGCUCGCUGAGCUGCGCGCACUACUAUUACUUGCACCCCAUCUCACUGGAAGGUGGCGCGCUCGAUGCGACGAGCUGCCAGGCGCCCGAGGUCGAGGUGCACUUUAACGCGCUCGUGACGCGCAUCACAUUUUCGGUGGUGCUCGCCAACUUUGCCGGCAUGCUUCUGUACGGGCGGUCCUUUUCGCGCAUCCCCCGCCGCUAUCUCGCACUGCUGGGCAUGUUUGGGUGCGCGCUCGCACGCAUCCCCCUGCUCUUCUUGCCCCUGUAUCAAUACCCCUACUAUGCGCCCGAAGCGGUGCGCAGCCUCUCCCCCCAGGGCAUGUUUAUGAUCUACUGGGCGUGUGCGAUCGUCGGUGGCUUUUCCGGCGCGACGGAGCUUGUGACGCUCACGGUCGAGUCGCUGGUUGUCGAUACCCAGAGCCCUGAGAAGCGGUCGCAGCUCUUUUCGCAGCUGCAAGUCGCGCAGCUCCUCGGUGCAUCGAUCGGUCCUGUGCUGGGCUCUCUGGCCUCGUGGCUCUUUCCGUCGGUGGCGAAUCGGUGCUUUGGAUAUACAAGGUGCCUCAAAAACAAGCGCCUGCACUCGCCGCAGCGCGGCGCGCAGCAGUACCUGCUCUUUAACACGACACCCUACUGGGUCUCGGUGUUCUUUGCGUUCUUCGGCAUGUUCUGGAUCGCGUUUGUGGUCAACUUUUCUGCCGAGAGCCGCUCGUCGAUGCCGAGCUGCGAGCGGUGCCAGACGCAGGACGACCAGCGCACCAAGGACAUCGCAGCAAACCCCCCCAAGUACGCAUGGCUCGGCGCGUUCCAGCGGCUGGUGCCGGUGCGCAUCUCGCGCGGACGCUACGACGCACGCAUCCUGCAGUUUACCCUCGCCGAGAUUUUUACGGCGAUGAUGAACGAGGGCAUUGUCGUGUUGAUCCUGAUCCUCGGCUUUGUCUUCCACUGGGGCCGCGACCUGAUCGCGCUCGGGCUGUCGGUGAGCAAUGCGCUGCGGCUGCUUAUGAUUGUCGGUGGCCUGCCUGCGCUGAUCAGCUUCCUCUCGCACUACCUGCGCAAGCCCGCUGGCGUCCAGGACCUCUCGAAAGACCAGAUCGACGCCGUUCUCGAGAUGAGCCAGCGGGACGUGCGCCGCAAGCCUAACUGCUGCCCCACGUACCAGCAAACGACCGAGUCGCGCCUCCUGCGCGACGUGUCCACGCAUCAGCGCACGCUCGUGCGCCUGUGGCGUGCGCAAGUUGAUAUCCACGCCGCGCGCGUAUCCUACUUCCUCAACGCCGCGUCGUGGGUGAUGAUUUUCUACGGCGUCACGGCGAACCACGAGUGGAUCGUGCUUGCAGGCGCCGUGCUGCUCACCGGCGGCAGCGCCGCCCAGCCGAUGCUGCGCAGUGCAGCAUGCACUGUCGCAGACCAGAUCGUCGAGCUGCAAAACAACGCCGCACUCCCACUGCGGCGGCCGCGCACCCAGCCGACGGAGCACGCGUCGCUCCCGAGCGGUGCCGAUUCCUACCUGGUAAUUGUGUCUACGGUUCUCCUCCCCUGCCUCCUCAUCGGCCUGGUGGUCCGCAACUAUGUAUAUGGCGCGACCAUCGGCUCGUGCCCCGGCGCAUUUUUCCUCGUCGUCGCCGGCCUCAACGCCGCGGUGCUCGUUUUGCUGAGCGUGAUGCGCCCCGCCACACGGAUGUAG